CCCCUACUCCCUCAUUCCUGAUUUCGCCGUAUACUCACCCUGCCAUGCCCUUGCGCGUUACCUCGGCUCCUGUUUCUGGUAUCAAGAAGAACCGAAAACCCGCUAUUUCGAGGCCGCGGGCCUCUCCCUUCGCCGCCCAUGCCCGUCGCAAACCUUCGGCGCCGUCAUCAUCCGGCACUUCCAAGAUCUCCAGCGAGCAGGACGAGUGCGAGCAGGGCCCCCUUCCAGAUCUCGGGCCGUCGCGAUACAUCUCCGAAACUGCCUCCGUAACGGAUGUGGUUGAGGCGCUCCAGUACAUUCGCAACAGCAUGUUUGACGAUCUUCCCCGCCGAGCGGGCAUGAAUAGCACGCGCAUCGCCGAGGUUCUUAACUUCCGUCGCUCCCUGCCUCCCCUUGCCUCCGUCGCACACGUUCAUACGCUGCUGGAAGCACCCACCAAGGUCGAAAAGGAAAUUAUGGAGCUCGUUCGCGCCGGUCGGGUCCGCCGCUUGAUCGUCCCCGGAAGAGGCAACGAUGCCGCUGGCUUGGGCGAUUGCUUGGUAUUGAGCGAGGAAUGGGACGGAUUGGUACUAGAUAGCCCUGCUUUGGAAGCACCUCUGAAAGAGAAAUUCCUCGCGCUGCUUGGUCGGAUCGGAAACACGUGUGCAAUUCCUGGGGCAGCCCUCACUCCGCCGGAGUGUAUGGCCCUGGUCCGGGCUGGAUUUCUCGUCUCUUCUUCGUCCCUAGCGAAAGGCUCGUCUAGCUUAGCUUCUCUCCCCGUCUUUCCUGCGACCUCGCCCAGUCCAGCCUCAGCAAGCCGAAGUGGCGCUUACCCUCUAAGCGAGGUUGGAGCAAACCCUCGUUCAUCAUCAACUACUGCGACACUUUUCCUAUCGCUUCCCAAUACGGGCCCCUACCUUCGUCUACUGAGCGCUGGCCGCUCACACCUCCUCUCGCUUCUGAAGAAGUCUAGUUCAAGCGAGGUCCCCGUUUACCUCCUGCGUGACCGCUGGGACGGGGCGGUCGAGAGUGAAAAGAGCUUCAGUGUAGCGAAGAGAGCCCGGGGGGAGUUUUCCGGCAUCUUGCCGGGCCGGACGAAAAAGUACAAGGAGCUCUUCGGAAUGAACUUUCGCUGGGUUCUGGAGGAGGCGCUCGGGGCGGGAUUGGUCGAAGUCUUUGACACUGGCAGCGUUGGUCCCGGGGUGCGUUGCCUGUGAUCGAGUGGAUUGUCCGAUCAAGGAUGGUUCUAGACCAAAUGACCCGAGGCAUGAAGUGAAGAAUGCUGCCAUAUAAGCUUGGCUGCGUUUCGAUGCGUGCUUGCCAAAGUUUGUCUGCCACGGACGCGACGCCGACAGGCCCGUAGUCGAACGAAUCAGUCGGCUUCUCACGACCAAAUGAUUGUCAAUGUUCCACAUUGCUCUCCGGAGCAUGUGAGCUCACGAAUAUAUAAACCAAAUAGAUCAUGUACAUAGCCUAGCAUAUACCCAGACCAAUUCAUACUAUAU